AUUCAUUUUAAUAAAUUAUAAACCUGUCAUAGUAUUGUUGUGGAAACAGCAUGGCAACCACUCACCACAAGAGCCUCUUCAUUCAGGAAGAAGUAUUUCUUGAUAUUGCAAAAAUGUACACUGCCUGUAGAUGACCGACGAUAUUUUAAUUUAGAACAAAUAGUAUAUAAAAAUAAUUUAAGAACAAUGGUGUAAAUGAAUAUUAAGAAAUAUGUCACUAUUUAAAGUUCGGGAUCUGUGGACUACUAAGUGUGGCAAGGAUGAAGUAUUCGAAUCUAGUUCACUGCUGAUUGCUGAUAUAAGAGGACAAAAUUUUGAUGACAUUAUUGUGGGCAGUCAUUCUGGUUAUUUAAGAAUAUUUAAUCCACAGUUUGAUUUAGAAGCAGAAGAAUAUGGAGCUUUUAAAGCAAUUGACCAAUUAAUAGAAAUUCAAUUGGAAGAACCAAUUUUACAAAUUGCUGUCGGGAAACUUGUUUCAGGCUCAAAAGUUAAUCACUUAGCUAUAUUACAUCCGAGAAGUGUUGCCGUAUACAAUGUCAUUACAAAAACAGGAUCAACUGAGCAUGGUGAUCAAUGCCAAAUUAAUAUUGUGUACGAGCAUCACCUGAAACGUUCAGCCUACAGUUUUCUGGUUGGUGGCUUUGGAGGAGUAGAAGGAAGAGAUUUUUUAUGUGUUCUGGGUCUUGAUGGCACUUUGAUGUUCUAUGAACAAGAGACAUUAUCGCUAACGAGACUUCUACCAAAUUUUUUGCUGCCUUCUCCUAUAGUAUAUAUCCCUCAUACGGAUUCAUUUGUGUUGUUAAACUCAAAUUGGCACAUUGAAUCAUACAGAUAUCAAAUUCUUGGUGAAGAAUCGACUGAUCGGGUAUUACCAUCAUGGUCCUAUAAUUUGGGUGAAGAUGUAAAUGACAUGCGCUUCUUGAGCUUAACUACAAAUGAAGCUGCAAUUUUUGUGCUUACAGAAAGAAAUUUUUAUUGCUUUGGGGAAACUGGAGUUCUUAAGUUUUGCAAAAGACUUCAAUACAUUCCGCUAUGCUGUCACAUUUAUUCUAGAGGAGAACCUUCUGUUAUGUCAAUGAUUGUAAGUGAUUCGAAUAACUUACUAAUAUACGAAGGCAGUAAGCUAAAGUGGGGUGCUCAACUACAUGCCACGCCUGUUGCCAUAAGCAGAGCUUCAUUGGAGAGUCUUCAGGGCUGUUUAAUUGUAUUAACUGAAGAGGGUGAAUUGGAAUGUGCUUACCUUGGCACUGAACCGACAGUAUUUGUUCCUCCACCUAUUCAGAACAGCGUUUUAUCUAAUGCUGAAUUAGAAUCAAAAUAUGCUUCUCUCCAACAUCAAAUAGCGACCUAUUCCAAGGCAAGCAAAGAAUCAUUGGGUGCACCGACUCAAAAGUCAGAAAUAAAAUUAACAACAAAAACAUGGCCUAUGUCGGAUUCUGAUACAACUUGUAGCAUUGAAAUCUACCUUACAACUGGGUCAUCUGUACAUAAUGUGAAUAUUACAAUUGAAGUUUGCAAACCUUUGGUGGCUGAGCCAGCAACACACUUCAUCCAAACUAUUAACGAUUCUGUUGAAGUAUCUACUCGAAUCAGUGUUUCAGAAGGAGAUAUAUGGGAUUUAAACUGCAACAUAGUCUGCACAUAUUUAAGUGAGGAAACAUUUGGUGUGGUGAGCACUGAUGUUGAACUACCUGCAAAAUUAGUGUUAGAGUUAGCACCUCCUUCAAGGGGACAAGAUUUCAGUCUUACAUUCACAGCUAUGCAAGUUGUCAUCUUAUCAGCAUUAUUUUCAGACUUUAGUGCUGACUCAUGGAAUACGACAAACAGCAAUGAAUAUGCUGCUGGUUUUCGCUAUAGGAAUAAUCCUUCAAUUACCUUCACGCUCACCUUGAACAGGCCAGGUUUGAAGUAUCGCCUUGAAGGUGAUUCUGUGACUUCUCUUACUCUUCCAGUAUGUAUUCUUGCAAAGAAACUGGCUUCUAAACAUCUUAAAUCAAACCAAUAUUCAUUAGGCCUUAAUGAGCUGUUCAGUGCUAUUGAUGAAAAUAUUCGACUUCGAAAUCUAAUUCGAGAAAUAGAGACUGAACUAAGACUGGGAAGUGGUCAAAUGAGAUCUGCACAACGACGACUUCUCAGUAAAAUGAGAGACAAGACACCUUGUGAUAUGAAACCAUUGAGUGCUCUUAUAGCUUACACCCAUGAUUACUUGAUGGAUGCUGCACACAGAAUGGAAGGAGCCCAGAUUGACCUUAACAAAAAUGGCCACCUUUUAGCAAAUUUAUUGAAGUUUACAUUCACCAUGAUAAGACUGACAGGGAAUGUUUUGGAAGAAGAAUUAAAGCAAGCUUAUGAAGCCGUUUGUUGCACCCAGCACAUGUCUGAGGAACAGGGAUGGGCAGAAAUCACUCAAUUUUCUUUGAGUCAUUUAUUAAAAACUAUCCUAGCAAGAUCUGUAAGAGACCAAUUCACUCCUGAUCCACAUACAGAAGUUAUAACAAAUAGUUUUCUAUUGAAGAAGAAGAUUGCAGUAGUUAUUGAUAGGCUCUUAAAAGGACAUAGACCAAGGGAGGAUAGAGCGGUUUCUCCUAUUAUGGAAGGAGAUGAUGAAGAAGGAAAGGAAAAGCCAACUGACUCUCUUUAUGAUGAAUUAGAAUCUGAAGAGAUAAGAAAUUUACUGAAAAAGUCACAGCACAAUCUUGAUCAUCUAUGAAGAAUUGAGUUGGUUGAAAUAAGAAAGCCAGAAAGUUUCUAGUCGAACACCCUUAAUCUGAUGAAAGAUAAAACAGGAAUUAUUUCCUGUCUUUGUUAAGUUCUGUUCUUGAGAUAAUGUUUUUUCAACAACAAAAAAAAAUAACGUGAUAGAAUAAAGUUUGAGAUUUAGUUAGCCAAAGAUUCAGUAGAUGAUAAAAGGAUACUUUAUAUAUGUGAUAUAAAUAUAAGAAAAGUAUAAAUUUAUAACUUUUUCUGAUAAUAGAGUAACAUAUCUUCUAUUGUUCCAUGUUUCUUUAAAACUUUUGAAUUCACUCACACAGUUAAUCUACCAACUUUGUUUUCUCCAUAGUUACUUUAUAAGCAGAAUGUAUUAUCGUUUAUCAAAAUAAAUGAAGUAUAUUAUUUUUGCUA